GGUACAAAGAAGUGAGGCUAGUUUGGAAGGGGACAGAUUGUAUGAAGCACCAGUUAUGAUGGACGAAGAUGAGGAGAAUCUCCAGAAAGCACUUGCGCUUAGUCGACAACAAAUUGACAUGGAAGAUGAAGAAGCAGAUUUACGUAGAGCAAUUCAGCUUAGUAUGCAAGGUGGUCAUCGUAGUGAAUUUACAGAGUUACAAUCGCCUAAUAUUCCACAGUCCUCGGGGGCAAGUGUGCCUGCAUCUCUUUCAUCAGAGGAACUACGACUGAGAAGACAGCUAUAUUUUGAGAAGCAGCAACAGUUAAAGACUGAGCAGACCCCACAAACUCAUGAUGCAACUCCAGAUGCACUAAAUGCUGAUUCAGGUAAAUAUUUUUUUUGUAUGAUUUUUCAAAUUAUUAUUCAUAGGAUUAUUUUUAAAAGAAAUUCCAUAAAAGAUUGUAGAGUUUAUAUCAAUCAUUUGCCCACCAUUACAUCAUGGCAU